GUUAGUCAGAGAGAAGAGGAGGCUCAGAGGAGAGGGGGGGUCGGAGCUGCGAGGCAGUCGAAGGUGUGAUGCAUGGGUAUGGCGGUCCUAGUCAUUCACGCCAGGCGGACGCGCUAGUGCUGGCGAUAACGCAACUGAUAGCGGAGCUGCCCUGCACGCGUUGUGUAUGCACUUGACGUCUCUGAACCACCGCGAGCUCAGCGGCAGACCUGACCUUUACACCAGAGCGCGCAGCCCCGCAGUACGUCCCCUUUUGCGCGGUCCUGGCGGUACUGCUGCUGUCUCGUGGCGUUAUCGUCUCCGCUGGUUUAGACAGGACAAGUCAUGUGGUGGACGUCCGAAUGACGCCUAAGCUCGUAGUUUGCCCUACAGUCACGCCUUGUGCCACGCCAAAAAAGACGUCUUGCCGCUUGACAUUCCUCGAUGCCCUUUCCAAACAGGCAACUGUGACUCUAUGACCGCAGCAGCCGAUCGCAAACAUGGGUUUCUGCAUACCAUGCCGACUCGCCGCGUUGCGGAUUGUCCUCUUUGGAGGCGCGUCACGCUGCCUGGCCAAUCAGAGAGUUUACCGCAUCAACGCUGCCCUUUCGCUCCCCAGAUGCUUAUCGUGGGGAAGACUGUCCAAGCUGCACCUGUGCCUGCGCCCGGCAUUGAUAGGCUGCCGGCUGCGCUCGACCCCUCCUCAACAUCGUCUAUGCAUACCGUUUAUCAUGCAGGAGCGAGUACCGUGGAGCACUUCAGAUCGCCCUGGUCCCCUUCUCAGCUAUUCACGCUAAGUCGCGGUAUGGCGCAAUUACCAUGGACAGCCUUCACUCAGCAUAUGACGCUACUUUCAUCCAUUUCCAAGCAAAGCAACUCCAGCGACAGCCUCAAACACCCGAAUGGCAGUGCCAGCCGACCAGGGACUCGCACGAGGCUUUGGUUCUUCAUCGAUUUAUCAUUCCAAUCGGCAUGCGGUCGGCAUUGAGGAGUCAUGGCGUGUUUCAUUCAGCCUCAUGCUAAGCCAUAGUGACAGCAGCGACAUGACCUUGGUACGACCGCAAAUAUAUUGUAAGUGAUGCUUCUUCAGAGACAUAUUUGAUCACGCAGGUACAAGGUACAAGCCGUCGAGCCGAUGACGUAGAUUGAACCCUGCGUUAGGUUCUCGGUGAGACCUGCCGCCCCACGUGCACCAUCCGUAUGCACGUCGAACAUCACUUACAAGAGCCGC